UUCAAUUUCAUUGCAAAAACCGCUAAAAAGGAUUUGUACCAAUCACGCAACACGUCUCCACCCUGUACUUGUCAAUCAGCACCACCUUGUGCGCCAAAUCGGCCAACUCAGUCUUCAUUUCUUGCACGUACAAAAGAUUCGAUCAAUCGCGUGGAAUAGUUCUGCAACAAUGUCGGAAUAUUUAAAAGACCUGGAACUGUACCAGGAACAAAAAAACCCGCCUGCUGUACCCCAACCCCCGGCCAAGAAAUUCCAGCCAAAACCUGACCCAAUUUUACUCAAACUGCACCCUGACCCCCACCCCCUAUCCGCCGAAGAGCAGGUUUUUUUCGUUAAAUUGACAGAGGGGGCUUUCGGGUUCAACGAGCACGUCCGCAACGAAACCUUGCAAACUUUAGCGCGCGACUUCCACGUCAAAUUUCUAGCCCCUUAUCUUAGCCAGUUUAUAAAUGAUGCGAUUUGUGUGAAUAUCGCCUUCCCCGACUUGUCUCUUUUGAUUUAUUCGGUGCGAGUGGUCAAAAGCCUGAUGGCCAACCCCCACGUUAACAUUAAGGAGCACCUCCAUUUGCUGCUCCCGGCCGUCAUUUCCUGUGUCGUUUCGCGGAAAAUUAGCAAAUACAGCUAUGACAACCACUGGACUUUGAGGGACUUUUCGGCGCAAGUUGUGGCAACUAUUUGUUGCACGCACAGUAACAGCAUCAACCAGAUGAAAACGCGCGUGAUUAAGGUUUACUUGCGGGCGGUGCAAGACCCCCGGAAGCCCCUCACUACGGUGUAUGGGGGCCUCAAAGGCCUGAGUUGUUUCGGGGAGGAGACAGUCAGGACUUGCCUUGUGCCCCUUAUCCCGGUUUUGAGCCGUCGCGUUUGCAUGGUUUUGGAAAAAACGGUUUACUUGGGGGACCCCAGUCACGAGACGAAGCAAAUCAAGCGAAUCACUGACUUGGUUCUGGCGGUUGUGGGGCCCGUUUUGCUCCAAUGCAAAAACGUGAAUGACGGGGGAGUGUCUUACGUUAAGGAGUUUGGCUAUUUGGGGUACACGUUGUACAACCAUGUCAAGCAUUUGGAGAAAAUCGAAGCCGAGCGAAAGAACCAUUUCAAUGUUUACCUCCUUUGUCGAUAAUUGUUAUUAUUACCUCGCCGGUUGUGGUGGCCGAUUGCGAUCUGGGCCAUUAGAUAGGUGCUGUUUUUGAGCCCUUGUGAGUACAGUUCGAAAUAAAUUUGUAAAGCUUC